AUGCCAAACGAAAAGACGACGGUGACAUCCAUAAUAUGGCCUCCAGUAAAGGAAACCCACAUCGUCACCGCCGCCAUCAACGGAGUCAUUACCUCCAUGCCAGCCUCACAAACAGCCAACAUCACCCUCUUCCCCACAGGCAUCAACAUGACAUCCACAACAACCACAAAACCUCCGCCCACAACAGUCUUUGGAGUCAACCCGCCUCCUCCCUACUAUUCAGGAUCCCCGACGGCUGUAGCUUCGAGUUCGGGCGACGGGAGUGGGAAAUCGUCGGCUUGGCGGAACUGGGGGUUGGUCAUCAUGGCUGCCGUCAUUCUGUCGGUUAUUGGAGGUUUGGUUCUGAAGAGAUACCGGGCUGGUCGGGAGAAGAAGCAGGAGCCCGGGAACUUUACCUGGACGGACCUCUGCGAUUCUAGUCAGGUCCGUAACUAG